ACUUAUCAAUUAACGAGCAGUCGAUAUUGGUGCUCGCCGGAAUGUUUAGAGGAAAUAGCUAACAGCCCUAAUAGCGUGGGCUAAUGAUACACGGAGGUAUUCUUUCACCUCAAUAGUUGAAGAAUUACCAUUGUAAAGAGUGAAGAUAAAACGAGUGCCGGCAGUGCCACAUUUGUAGUCGCGAAAACCCGUAGUCCAGAAGGCCUGUUUCGUGAUUAUCGAUAAGUCGAACCCACAGAGGCCCCCUCGUUUUUUCCUUUCUGUGGCGUGACUGUUGCUUCAGUGGUCGCGUUUCAAUACAGGGAUCAAUGGAACAUCGUGACAGAAAAUGACAGAUUACGGAGAGGAGCAGAAGAACGAGUUAGAGGCACUGGAGGCCAUUUAUCCAGAUUCAUUUACAGUGUUGUCAGAAAGUCCAGCUAGCUUCACAAUUACUGUAACUUCUGAAGCAGGGGAAAAUGAUGAAACUGUUCAAGCAACUCUCAAGUUUACAUAUGUACAGAAAUAUCCAGAUGAACCUCCACUUUAUGAAAUUUUCAGUCAAGAAAAUUUAGAAGACAGUGACAUAGCAGAAAUUUUAACGUUAAUACAGCAACAGAUAGAAGAAAACCUUGGUAUGGUAAUGAUUUUUACACUUGUAACUGCAGUGCAGGAGAAAUUAAAUGAAAUAGUAGAUCAGAUAAAAAAUCGAUGGGAGGAAGAAAAGAAACGAAAAGAGAAGGAAAAAGAGGAAGCUGAAAAGGUGAUAUUCCAUGGAACUCCAGUUAAUAUUGAAAACUUUCUUUCCUGGAAAGCUAAAUUUGAACUUGAGAUGUUCGAGCUGAAAAGGAAAAGUCAAAAAGAAGAAGAGCAAUCUGGAAAAUGCAAGCUUACUGGAAAGCAACUUUUUGAGCGAGACCAUGAUCUGGAUACUUCUGAUAUCAAAUUUCUGGAAGAAGCUGGCAAUAAUGUGGAGGUGGAUGAGUCCUUAUUCCAAGACAUGGAUGAUUUAGAAUUAGAAGAUGAUGAUGAUCCAGAUUUUAAUCCUGCUAAUCUAGACAGUGAAGACGACUAAUUUGCUUGUCACUUAUGCCAAUGUCAAAUUAUUAACUUUCUAUUCAAGAAACAAAAAUACAUGGUCACAGUGUCUUCACCCAACAUGAAAUUAUUUUAAUGCUUGUUUAUUUUUUGAUCCUCAGAUUCAAAUAAAUAGAUCUUUACUAAU